AUGCUCGCCUUUCCACUUCUAGUGCUAUCAACACUGUUCGUUCUGCUUCCAUUGGCACUAUGCGCAGAAGACUAUUAUAAGAUAUUGGAUAUCGAUCGAUCGGCAUCAGAACGUGAUAUAAAAAGAGCUUACCGAACACUGAGCAAAAAGUUCCAUCCCGAUAAAAACCCUGGAAACGAUUCCGCGCAUAAGAAAUUCGUCGAUAUUGCCGAAGCAUAUGAUGUUCUUUCCACGGCAUCUACGAGGAAAAUCUACGAUCAAUACGGUCAUGAAGGCCUGCAACAGCACAAACAAGGUGGGGGUGGUGGCAGACACGAUCCCUUUGACCUUUUCUCCCGCUUCUUCGGUGGUGGAGGGCAUUUCGGUCACCAAGGAGGUCAUAGACGUGGGCCCGAUAUGGAACUUCGCUUAGAUCUACCCCUCCAGGACUUCUACAACGGUAGAGAGAUUGACUUCAAGGUUCAAAAACAACAAAUAUGUGAUGUUUGUGAGGGUUCGGGCUCGACAGAUGGGAAAGUGGACGUCUGCAACCAAUGCCAGGGCCACGGUGCCGUUAUACGAAAACAUAUGAUUGCUCCGGGAAUAUAUCAGCAGGUUCAAAUGGCCUGUGACAAGUGCGGCGGGAAAGGAAAGUCGAUUCGAAACCCUUGUAAAACUUGCGGCGGCAGCCGAGUCAUCAGGGCCGAGGUCCCGAUUUCAGGAACAGUCGAAAAGGGCAUGGGCAAAGGAUCGAAACUAGUGUUUGAAAAUGAAGCAGACGAAAGCCCUGACUGGGUUGCUGGAAAUUUAGUCGUGACAUUAAGAGAAAAAGAGCCUGUCCUAGGCGAAAACGAUGAAGAACGCACAGAUGGGACAUUCUUCCGCCGUAAGGGCAAUGACCUCUUCUGGAGAGAGGUUCUCAGUGUUCGGGAAGCCUGGAUGGGAGACUGGACGCGCAAUCUAACUCAUUUGGAUGGACACAUCGUCAAACUAGGCCGCAAACGAGGUGAAGUUGUUCAGCCUUUUACUGUGGAGAAAAUACCAGAGCAGGGUAUGCCAAUAUAUCACGAGGGCCAUAUUCAUGAGCAAUCUCCACACGACGAGUACGGCUCACUUUACGUCGAGUACAUUGUUGUUCUACCUGAUCAAAUGGAGAGCGGGAUGGAAAAGGACUUCUUUGCACUAUUUGAGAAGUGGCGGAAGAAGAACGGUGUCAACCUUCAAGAAGAUUCCGGCAGGCCUAUCCGUACAAAGGUCGAUAAACACGAUGAACUAUAA